AUGGCUGAGCUGGAUUUUUCUCUGCCGGACGCCUUUUGGAAUCUCGCCUAUGCCAGCCCCGACGAAAAGGGUGCCAAUAUGAUGAUUGAGUCGCUCAAGGAUAUCGCUACACCGGCAAAAGAAAACCACCACGCACCAGAGUUCUCCCAGAUUACUAUUGUCCGUCCUGUCUCUGAAGCUGCUAAUGCCAACGAGGUGGUGGGAGCUACUAUAACGGCCACCGAGGAGCAUGGGCUACCCACUGAAAUUUGCACAUUCCUCAAGUUGACCAAGAGAGACAUUCGCGGCCACGUCUGCAUAGUUCUCUCAGAGCUUGGCCAGUCAGUUUUGGUCAGCCUUUCAUCAGAAGAAUUAUCUCUCUUGCAGCGUCUCACACAAGAAUCGGCUGGUGCUCUUUGGGUUACAAGGGGAAGUCUUUUGGCAAGUGCUCUAAAGCCUGAAAUGUCCAUGUUUCACGGCCUUGCUCGCUCAAUUCGUGCUGAAGUAGAGGGUCUGUCGUGCAUGAACAUGGACCUCGAUGUCAGGCAGAAGUUAUCACCCAACAGGAUGGCCGAGUUGAUCACGAGAGUCUUCGACACAACUUUCCUUGCUGAGCGGCACAGUGGUCUAGAAGGUCAACCGUCUAGGUAG